AUGAGCAAUCCAUUGAGCUCUAAAUAUCAACUUUCAUGGCUAAGUUUGGGGGGAAUUAUCUUGCUACAAUCCGUAAGUGUCACCAGCUCCCUCUUUUCGACAUACUCCUCCCUACUGGGAAAACAGUUCUCUAUAUCCCGGGUGCAAGUCAUUAAUCUGAUUGUGGCUCUGGAGACUGGACGGCUCUUCGAAUGGUUUCCAAGUGCAGCAGCAGACCGCCUUCCUCCAUGGACGAUACUGUUGAUUGGUUUGUCGUUUGGAUCAGUUGGUUAUGGAGUUCAAUACUUGUACAUAGCAGACAAGAUCCAUACCCUAUCUUACUGGCAAGUGUUUCUACUAUGUCUUCUAGCUGGAAAUAGCAUUUGUUGGAUCCAAACUUACUGCUAUUUUGCAGCUGUUACAAACUUCAACAAACACAAAAACAUAGCUGCGCUAAUUUCAUGCUACUCUGCCUUAAGCAGAAAGGUAUACACAUCUUUGGUUGAAGGAUUUCAGGGGAGGAUUGGCUUUCAAAAUCCAAGCACCUGUCUCCUCUUGAAUUGCCUUGUCCCGGCUUCAGUUGGGUUGGUAGUGGUACUCAUAGUUGGCUGUUCCAAGCUCACAGAACAUACAGAAACAGACAUCUUUCCAAUUGCAUUUUCCAUAGCUGUUGCAACAGGAGUAUAUGCUAUGCUUGGAAACACAGUACAGCCUAUCAAAAACAUGUCCCCGCAGUUACAAGUAGUGACUUUCAUGUUGGUGAUAAUGUUACCUAUAGCAGUGCCACUGGUGAAGGCUGCUCACUGGCUCAUAAUAGGGAGAUGGCGCUCUAAGAUCACACCUGAGCUACCUUGUGUUGUUACCACAGCAAAUUGUAUUACUGUCAUCAAAGGAAUCGACAACAUGAAUGAAGAAGUAGGAGAAGAUGGCAAGAGGGCAGGGGUAAAGGUCAACGAAGGUAUGGAAAAGGUGGGGAAAGUUAAGCUGGGAGAUGAGCAUGGGGUGAAAAACAUCAUGAUGAGUUUGGAUUUCUGGCUGUUUUUCUGGGUGAAUGCAUGUGGGCCUAUGCUGGGACUGGUUUAUGUAAACAACCUUCGGCGAAUCUCUGAAUCUCAUGGCAAUUAUGAAGUCUCAUCUCUAUUGGCAGUGUCCUCUACAUCAGGCUUCUUUGGGAGGAUUUUCUUAGUUUUGUUUGAGGAGUACACAAGGAGAAGGUCAAUAUUAUCCAAACCAGCAUCAAUAGUGCUCAUGAUGAUUCCCAUGCCUGUAUCUUUCUUCUUGCUUAUCAACGGCAGCAAAACAGGCUUAUACAUUAGCACAGGCAUCCUAGGAGCCUGUUCAGGAGCCAUACGAGCCACAACUGCAUCCACAAUUUCCGAGCUGUUCGGGCCCCAGAAUUCAGUUGUAAACCAAAACAUUGUCCUUACAAACAUUCCCAUAGGUACUCUGCUUUUUGGUUACUUGGAUGUUAUCAAUUAUGAAACUGGUGGUGGUGGGAAUUAUGGGAUAUGCAAGGGAUUUGAAUGCCAUCAUAAAACCUUCAUCAUCUGGGGAUCCAUUUCCUCCAUUGGGACAAUUCUAAGCUUUAUUCUGCACCUUCGAACACGGAAGUUCUAUUCUUAG